UUGCCUUCUUAAAAACAAAACAAACGGAAGUCUGAAGUCUGACUCUCAUGAACAUGCAGACGCUGUCCCUCUUUGGCUUCCCCCGUCCAAUUUCUCAACACGGUGUCGUUCCAGCACACGCCAUGUCCUACUCCUCCCAAACCUCCAUUCCCUACCUCACCACUACUUCCAUCUCUUUUACUCAGCUCCAAGAUAAGAACGCUGACUUGUCAUCGAAGAUUGAACAAGGGUUUGGACCCAAUGGAUUGGGGAUUCUAUCCGUCACUGAUGUCCCAGGAUACUCUUCAUUGCGCAGAAAUCUAUUGCAUCUUGCUCCAAGAUUAGCAAAUCUUCCUAAAGAAGUGAAGGAGGAACUUGAAGACCCUCACAGUAGGUACAAUUUUGGUUGGAGUCAUGGGAAAGAGAAACUUGAAUCUGGGAAGCCAGAUAUUUUAAAAGGAUCUUUCUAUGCCAAUCCCAUACUUGAUACACCUACAACAGAGGCUUCUUUGAUACAACGGUAUCCAUCAUAUUGUGGGUCAAAUAUAUGGCCCAAAAAUGCUUUACCAGAACUUGAAGAGGCUUUCAAAGCACUUGGGAAGCUAAUAUUUGAGGUUGGAUUGAUGUUGGCAUAUCAUUGCGAUCAAUAUGUAUCCAAAGGGAUGAAAAUUCACAAGGAUGAAGGUCUGGAAUCAAUACUUCGUCGCUCCCGCUGUCAUAAAGGACGUUUGCUGUAUUAUUUUCCUUCACAACAGGGAAUUCCAGAUGGUAACUCUUUGUCUUCUUGGUGUGGAUGGCACACAGACCAUGGUUCACUGACAGGUCUGACUUGUGGUAUAUUUACAAGAGAUGGUGUAGAAAUUGUUUGCCCUGAUAGUGGUGCUGGCCUCUAUAUUCGAACAAGAAAUGAUCAAAUUGUCAAAGUAUACAUGCGUCUUCUAGAAAUACAAGUUGUCUAUGGAGAGGAUGAUAUAGCAUACCAAAUUGGUGAAACCACUGAAAUACUCUCCGGAGGUUAUCUUUGUGCAACACCUCAUUGUGUUCAGGCUGCUAAGGGGGAGGAGUCCUAUGGUAUUGAGCGCUCGACGUUUGCAUUAUUCAUGCAACCUGACUGGGAUGAAAAACUCAAAUUUCCCGACGAAGUUCACAUUCAUAAAGAGCUUAUUCCAUCAAAUGCUGUCCUUACUUUUGGAGAGUAUUCAGAGAUGUUGCUCGACAAAUAUUACCACUAAAACAGACCAAAGGUUUAAUACAUGUUAUUUCUCUGACAAGUGUAACUAGUUGAAGAGACUUAGCCUGUUAAUAAUUCACGGGACUAGAAUAAACAUGUGUAUAUGUGCAGUUGCUAUUGGAUAAUAUAGCGAAGAAAAGGAAAUUCUUAUAAAUUACGUGGGAUAAGCCCAUUUAAUAUGAACAGGAUGUCAAUUGAUGGGAUGGAAUGAAAGGUACUGCACAAUCCAAUAUA